ACCUAAGGUUGUUUAAAUUUAUAGAAUAAUCUUAGAAUGACUAGACUGUGGUGAUUAUUAAAGCGUGUAGCGAAUUGUCAUGCAAAUGAAGCGAUCGGCACGUGCGAACUUUGCACCGAAUUCAGUUCAAAAUAACUGCAAAAAUUUUGAGGAUGAAACCGGGUAUCUCUACUUUGAUAAAAAUAUAUCUAUGUAGGUAUGUGGAGUAAGUAUCUGGUAAUAACAAAUGAGCAAUCUUCGAAGAUAACAAGACACAGAAGUGGAGAAUGCCUACCGAAAUUGUCAAACAACUGAAUUCCAGUGAUUUUUCGAUAUUCGCAAAGUAAACACGCAAAUUUCAGUAUUGAUGAGUGGAGCUACAGAUUUGAGAAAUUAUAGAACGGAAAACCUUGAACACAGCAACAACAAUGUUACCAAAUAAAUGUACUAUUUAUGUACUACUUGUCUUCGCGGCCGUUUUGAACGCUUCGGUGAGCGGUAAAUCCUAUCGUGAAUGCAUUGGUUUUGAAAACGAACAGAAGUAUGUUGCGAGCCAAGAAGAUUGCGCCAAAUACAUCUAUUGUGAUGGCAAAAAUUCCUUUGAAGGCGCUUGCCUCGCUGACAACUAUUUCAACGAGAAAGAGGGUAAAUGUGACGAACGCGCCUCGGUCGUAUGUAAAGUGGGUCAGCAAUUGUUGGGUGAAGAUAAACCGUACAACAGUCAACAAGGUUACGGUUCGGGCGUGGCGAGCACUGACGGUUUGCGCGUGGAUCCGGUCAAUGUUUUCGGUGGACAAUUGAUAAGUCAACAGCAAGCAAAGCAAGAGCCACAACCAAUAGAUGGAUUUGGUGGCGGUAUUUUUGGCAGCGAGGCUGUAACUGGCUUGGCGCUAAACGCCAUCGACGUCGGCAAUACCGGCUCGUCUACCGCAAUGGCACAGACGCCAUUGUGUCCACGGCGCUAUGGUCUAGAAAAUGUUGUGUAUCUACCCAACACUCAGUCUUGUGCUGCUUACUAUGCCUGCUAUAACGGUAUUGCCAUACCAAUGAUUUGUCCGCGGCACAGCUACUUCAAUCAGGAGACGUCGCAUUGUGAACGCGAAAAUAAUUUAUACUGUCCGUACGAUCGGCCGGUGCGUUUGAUAUGCAAUCGUGGCGUUUACGACUACAUACCGCAUCCGCGUAAUUGCGGCUACUACUACUUCUGCUCCAAUGGCUAUUUGAUGAUCUUCCAGUGCCCCUUCCAGUAUUUGUGGCACUAUGAGCGACGCUCGUGCGUACAACGUUCGGAAGCGAAAUGCUUUUCCAGCGCCAUUGCGGAAGCGAUGCUCACUUAGAAGCACUACAUGUAUAUGUGUAUAUGUGCAGUACAUUAAUGCAUGUUGACGCAUAAUUAUUUCUAGCUGAUAAUAUAACUGGUACGGCCUUCUCAUACAUAUCUAUUUUCAAAUAUGCAAGUCAGCAGUGAACAAAUGUUA